CCCAGGGAUCUAGGGCGAGGAGGAGGAGAAGAGCAGCCGAGUUGCAGCGGCUGGUUGGGUGGUUCCAGGCCGAGCGGAGGCGGCGCAGUACUUUUCCUCGAGAGAGAAAAGUGGCAGAGAAGCUUUUUUGGGUGGCUUUUCCUCAAAUAGAAAGAAACACUUCGUGCCAAAUCUUUUUAUAAAAACGUCCUUUGGUAGCAGCCUGAAGGAACGCCUCACCCGUCUUCCCAUUUAUCGAAUAUGUACUAUGGAACAUGCUGGAGAAUAUGAAACGCGGCCCGCAUCGUCACACAUGUACCAUGUGGAGAGGCAAAUUUACAGCCAAGGAACUCUGCAGGAGCAGCUGCAUACGAAGGACCAAGCAACUCAGUGUCUCCAUCAAAAGAUAGUGCAUGCUCUCCGCUGUUCUUCCAAGAAAGCCAAAUCGGUCCUUCAUAGCUUUUUCCCGAUUUUAACAUGGCUUCCUCAAUACCCCGUGAAAGAAUAUUUGAUGGGGGACGUAAUCUCAGGAAUCAGUACGGGAGUUAUGCAGCUCCCUCAAGGAUUAGCCUAUGCAUCGCUGGCUGCCGUUCCUCCAGUGUUUGGCCUGUAUUCUUCGUUUUAUCCUGUCUUUCUGUAUACAUUUUUUGGAACUUCCAGACAUAUAUCAAUAGGAACCUUUGCUGUGAUCAGCCUGAUGAUUGGCGGAGUGGCAGUGAGAGAAGUCCCCGAUGAAUUGUUUGAGAUGGCGGGCAGCAACUCGACCAACGGGACCGACGCCAGAGAUGCUAUGCGGGUGAAAGUAGCCGUGGCAGUCACCUUGCUGUCAGGUGUCAUACAGUUGUGUUUAGGACUGCUUCGUUUUGGGUUUGUAGCCAUUUACCUCACGGAGCCACUGGUGCGCGGAUUCACCACGGCGGCAGCCGUGCAUGUCUUCACUUCUCAGCUGAAGUAUCUGCUUGGGAUCAAAAUCAAGCGAUUCAGUGGCCCCCUCUCUGUUCUUUACAGUUUGAUUGCGGUGUUUUCCAACAUCACCCAAACCAACACGGCCACUUUAGUGGUUGGCCUCAUCUGCAUCGUCCUGCUCCUGAGCGGCAAAGAAAUCAACGACCGUUGUAAGAAGAAGAUGAUCGUUCCAAUUCCACUGGAAAUCAUUGUGGUGGUCAUUGGAACUGGAGUUUCAGCUGGAAUGAAUCUGUCCGAGACUUACAAAGUCGAUAUUGUUGGGAACAUUCCUAGCGGGUUAAUCCCUCCACAAGUCCCUGACGUCAGCCUCAUCCCGAAUGUGUUUGUCGAUGCCAUCGCUAUCGCUCUUGUUGGGUUUUCCAUGACCAUCUCGAUGGCCAAAAUCUUCGCCUUGAAGCACGGCUACGCGGUGGAUGGGAAUCAGGAACUCAUCGCCUUAGGAAUCUGCAAUUCCACAGGGUCCUUUUUCCAGACCUUUGCAAUCACCUGCUCGAUGUCCCGGAGCCUUGUUCAGGAAGGUACAGGAGGGAAGACACAGAUUGCAGGAACCCUGUCCUCAAUCAUGGUUUUCUUGGUGGUUAUUGCCAUUGGUUAUCUCUUUACACCUUUGCCACAGACUGUGCUGGCAGCCAUUGUGAUGGUCAACCUGAAAGGCAUGUUCAAACAACUUGGAGAUAUCGUCCAUUUCUGGAGAACCAGCAAAAUUGAACUGGCCAUUUGGAUUGUAGCGUUUCUCGCCUCAGUUUUCCUGGGCCUGGAUUACGGCUUACUCACAUCGAUCACUUUUGCUGUGAUUACCAUUGUCUACAGGACCCAAAGUCCCCAAUAUAGAAUCCUUGGCCAGAUUCAUAACUCAGAUAUUUAUUGGGACGUGGAACUGUAUGAAGAGGUAAAAGAAUGCCCCGGGAUUAAAAUAUUCCAGGCAAACGCACCGCUCUAUUUUGCCAACAGUGAAUUAUUUAUCAGCGCAUUGAAAAGAAAGACUGGCGUGGAUCCCCAUAAAAUAUUGGCAGCAAAGAAAAAAGCCCAGAAGAGACACGCGAAGGAACUAAAGCAACUGGAUGAACAGCAGAAGAAAGCAAUUGUGAAGUUGUCAAACGAUAUGGACCACAGCAUGAAACAUGAAGUGAUGCAGGAUGAAGUCUCACUUAACGGGAAAUUCUCAGCGGCUGAAGCGUCUCCGCCAGAUUCCUCUCCAGAGGAACUGGAACAUUUUGUGAUCUUGGGAAGCAACGUCCAUUCCAUCAUUCUCGACUUCUCACCCGUGAACUUUGUGGAUUCAGUUGGCGCCAAAGCCCUUCAGACAAUCAUAAAAGAAUAUGAAGAAAUUGGUGUUUCCGUUUAUAUAACUGCCUGCAACGGUUCUGUUUUGGACAAUCUUGCUAAGCUGCAUUUUUUUGAGAAAGCAUCCUUACGAGAGUUGUUCUUUCCGAGCAUUCACGAUGCUGUCCUCACCAGCCAGCUGAGGGGCUUCUCUUCCACCUAUCUUUAACUCACUCCUCCACCCCUGAACCAGUUGGAUCUAUUUCCAAAGGGCUCCCGUAGACAAUUUGCACAGAUGACGGAGCCGAAGACUAGCCACUAGCUACGGGUAAGGUGUGUGUGUUUGCACCCACACCCCCAACAGCCCGCAUUUCCCUGCCAGCCCUGCGGCCUGAAGACCUCCGAAGCCUUAAUCCUUUUCUAAUGUUGUUACCUUUUCACGGAAAUCCACAAGCUGUCGGGGGGGGUGCAUGUGGGAUCAACGCGAAUAUUUGUAGAGCACGGGAAGAUUUGUCUUGUUUUGGCCCGUUUUCUUUCGAGGGACGGGCCAGAAAAUAUGAACGCGCUGCUAUUUUAACAGCGCGUUUCCGUGCAAGAAUUGAGAUGGGUGUGGAAGGCGGAACUGGGUGGAUGGGUGGGUGCAAUUGUGGUGGUGUGUGUAUGAUAGUGCUGCUCUUGAAAAUGCAAGCUGUGUUUCCGGAUUUUCCGAUCUAGAAAUCAGUGGGUUUUCGUUCGAUGAACUACUAAGGAUAAACAUUUUUUUUGCAACCAUGAGGACUUUAGCUCCGUUUUAUAAAUGAUUAUGAAUCAAGAGUAAUAGAUCGUUUUCACAUAAAGGAGGCUCCUUGUACUGACCCAAUGCUUAACCUUAAGCAAGGCGUAUUUAAAAUUAGCUGGGAAUGAACAAGACUAUAAAUAGUGCAACUAGUUAGGCAAGAGAGAGAGAAAAAACUUAGUACCCAAAAUCUACUUUUUACACCUAAAGCUAACUAGGCAUAGUUACUGCAGCAAGCUACGAGUCGUCUGGAAAGAACAAAAAAUGGAAGAAAUGGCGUUAAGAGGAUCCCAUUGGAUGUAUUUUCUGCGCACUGACACAUCUUGAAUGAAGUCACACAAAAAAAAAGACUCUUCUAAAAAUCCCACAUCACUUGACUCCCGAGGAAGUUGGUUUCUCGAGUCAACUCUCGACGCAGUGUGGGAAUCGGUGAACAAGCAUCGCAAUUUAUGUCCCAUUAUGUCCAGCAGUUGGUUGGAGUGGUGCGGUAGCCUGGAGGUGGCGCUCUCACCUCACAAUCAGGAGGCUGUGAGUUCGAACCUCGGUGGAGGCACAAUGAAGACUGUACCUGCUGAACAAAACUCCGCACUUGCAACAGGUACGGCAUCCGGCCAGUAAACACUUUGCUAGCUCCAUUCAGCUGCUCAAGACUCCACCCCGCAAGGGAUUAUGAGGUUGUUAAAAAGAUGAUGUCCAGCGGUUGGUUCCCUAAAAAUCUCUUUUGUUGACUAGAAUGCAGCUGGAAGCCCUAUGUAAGUUUUAUUUCAAAAGUGCUCUCAGGUUGGAAAAAACAGGGUUGGGACAUUGGCGCCACGAAGCAGCCGAAAAUAAAAGACUUCGAAUGGAGGAAUUGAGCAGAUAAUUCGAUUUCUUCAACCAUACUUAAUAAGCCUUAAGCAUCCAGGGAGGUUCCCCUCCUCCCCUCUCCAAAUAGUUUCUGCCUUCCUGAUAACGUUGCCAAACUGUUACUCUCCUGUUUUAGAAUAAUAAUAUUAUUAUUAGAUAAACAGGUUUUCUUCCUCGGUACGUUUAAACCAGGGGAUUUUGGUGUAUCUAUCGCAGGCUGUUUACAAGCGUGUGUUUAUUAUCUAUUGUUUUGAAGCAAGCCUGAAAUAUUGAUAGCCGAAAGACUCUUCCAUCAAAAACUGUUUCAUUUAGCAUCAGUUUGCAAACUGAUUAGAGAGAUGUGGUGGCUCACUAGCUAAGAUGUUGAGCGGGUCGAUCAGAAAGGUUGGCGGUUCGAAUACCUAGCGCC